AUGGCUGCUUAUUCCGGAGGUUUUACAAACGGUCGUCGUCCUCAAGCGACCAGCUCACGUAAUAUUGCUCUUCUGAGUAUUUUCGCCGUGACCGCCGGCGCUUGGCUCGCUUUCCGUGCCCAAUCACCCAGCAAGAAUGAGCCAUUGGUCUCGAAGAAAGAGGUUGAGACAAUGGCAGGCAGUCCGGCAGGUCCGGGCGAUCGAGUGGGACGGGGACCAUCUCAUCAACCAAAGGACUGA